AUGUCGAGGCACCGCGCAGUACGCAACCUCAACCUCGAAGAGGAGCUUGCCGAAGACGACUACUACUCGGACGAGGAUCCUUACGAAAACAUCUCGAGCGAUGACCAGUACGCCCUGGCAGAGGCCCUCUCGCAGGCACUCUCGGUCCUCGGCCCAUCCGAAAACAGCGGCAUCUCGGAGCGCGAGAUCAAAGACGCUCUGUGGGACUCGUACUUUGACGUCGACUCGGCCGUCAACCACCUCGUAGAGGAAAAGAGCAAAAGAGAGGCAAAACUCGAAAAGGACCGCCAAAAAGCAGCGGAUCCCGCAGGCACAUCAACGAGUGCCGACACGCCCCUCUCGGAGCUCCAGCGGCUGUCGCUGCGCAGCCGGCAAGCGUCUCCCAGCGACUCUCCGAGCAGAGGCCGUGGCGGUGGCCGAGGAGCGCUCGGAUCCAAGGCCAUGGGCCUGGCCGGGCUCGGCCGCGGCGGUAGAUCGAGCAUGGCGAAGCGCAACCUUGCCGACCUCGCUCCUCCCCAGCUGCGGUCCUCCCCAGCCUUCCGUGGAGAGGCAAUCGACGGCGCCACGCCGAGCUCCGAGACGGCUGGAUCCGCGCCCGUCAAGCCGACGUCGAAGCUAUCCGCCUUGGCGAUGAAGUCCAACGCAGCCAGAAACGCCAACAACAAGAGGCCCAUGGAGGAGGCUGCUCGCGGGCCAGUUGCUCCCGGCGCGAAUGUCAGCGCCGCCGGGUCCAGCGCAGAAGCGCCGUCGGCGUCGCGGCCCAGCAAGCUGGCUGCCCUUGCCGCUGCGAGAGCGAAUCCCGGUUCACCUCGCCGCUCCCCCGUCCCUGAGAGGUCCGACCCGACGGCAUCAGCCACUUUGCCGCCUGCACCCGUCCCUGCCGCCGCCACAGCAGACACGGGCAAGCCGCUCUCGAAGCUGCAGCAGAAGAUGGCCGCAGCUCGUCAAGCGAAAGCAGCCAAUAGCGAAAAGGGCAGCGCACCAAAGGGUGACGCCAUGGACGUCGACACCUUCCCUGCUGCAUCCGACGGGCCUCUGCCGACUUGCUAUGGCUCGGACAUCGCCGUCGAUGCCCUCUUUCCCCACGCGGCCCAGCGCAGCACCGCGACGUCGUCACUGGCUACUGCGCCAUCGCAGCCCGGUCUCCUCGCCGAGGCCAGUUGUCUCGGAUCCGGGCCAUCUGGCCAGUUCCAAGUGGCCGGGCCGUUUCCACCGACGCGAGCAGUCCCUGGCGGCUCGCCGUUUGACAUAUUUGUCGGUGCCUCGGCUCCUGCGGCUUUGGCCCAGCCUCCGCUAGCCGGCGAGGGCCAGAUCGAAGGGCUGCGCAAGGCCUUUGCCGGGCCUAGCCCCGACGAUGUCGUGCUCAAGGCGCGCGAGGCAGCCAAAAAGGCCGCGGCCGCGGCGUCGGCCACCAACUCGGGAGCAUCGACGCCCCUUCGGAAAAAGGCGGCCGUCGGCCAGGCUGCCAAGGCGGCUUCGUCGGGCGCCUCGAGCGCCAGGAACGGCAGCGCGGCCAACGUGUCGCAGCUCCGCACCGACAUCGAGGCCAUGGGGCUCGGGUCGCAGCUUCCCCCUGCGGCAAAAGACGGCAGCAUGGGCUCGUCGGUGCAGGGCAGCAGCGCGGGGGGCGCCGGCAGCCUCGCCACGACGCCCAAGGUGGGCAUCGCGCACGAACGCAUCGUCGAGGAGUACCGCAAGCGCGAAAAGGAGGGCAAGUCGGAGCUGAGCCUGGUCGUUGUCGGCCACGUCGAUGCCGGCAAGUCGACGCUCAUGGGGCGCAUGCUGCUCGAGCUGGGCACGCUCUCGGACCGCGAGUACAGCGCCAACGAGCGCGCGAGCAAAAAGAUUGGCAAGGGCAGCUUCGCGUACGCGUGGGCGCUCGACUCGUCGGAAGAGGAGCGCGAGCGCGGCGUGACGAUCGACGUGGCCCAGGACCACUUCAGCACGCCGCACCGCCAAUUCACGCUACUCGACGCGCCCGGCCACCGCGACUUCAUCCCCAACAUGAUUAGCGGCGCGGCGCAGGCCGACUCGGCGCUGCUCGUCAUCGACUCGAUCCACGGCGCGUUCGAGGCCGGCUUCGGCCCCAACGGCCAAACGCGCGAGCACGCGCUGCUGGUGCGCAGCCUGGGCGUGCAGCAGGUCGUCGUCGUCGUCAACAAGCUCGACGCCGUCGGCUACAGCCAGGAGCGGUACGACGAGAUCGUGUCCAAGCUGCAGCCCUUCCUGCGCGGGUGCGGCUUCGACGAGGCCAAGACGCGCUUCGUCCCCUGCGGCGGCUCGGUGGGCGAGAACCUGGCGGUGCGCGACGAGGGCGGCGAGCUGGGCGCGUGGUACGACGGCCCGACGCUCGUCGAGGUGCUCGACACGCUCGAGCCGCCGCGGCGCAACCUCGACGGCCCGCUGCGGCUGCCCGUGACCAACGUUUUCAAGGGCCAGACGGCGAUCGCGUCCGGCGUCGGCGUGUCGGGCCGCGUCGUGUCGGGCAUCGUGCAGAUUGGCGAUCGGCUACGCGCCGUGCCGGGCGACGAGUCGGGCAUCGUGCGCGCCAUCGAGGUCGACUCGGACAGCGUUCCCUGGGCCGUGGCGGGCAACAAUGUGACGGUGUACCUGUCCAACAUCGACGUCAUUCAGAUUGCCGUCGGGUCGGUGCUGUGUCCCUCGAACGCGGCCGACGUGGUGGAGCUGUGCGAUACCUUCACGGCGCAGCUCCUCGUCUUCACGCCGACCUACCCGCUGGUGCAGGGGACGGCGGUCGAGGUGUUCCACCAUUCCGCCGAGGUGCCGGGAAAGCUGGUCGAGCUCCUCGAGACGAGGGACAAGUCGACGGGCCACGUCAUCAAGCGCCACCCGCGCGUCCUCUCCCGGGGCACCACGGCGCUGUGCCGCAUCGAGGUGCGCAGCGGUGGCGGGGCGGGCAAGAGGAGCGGCGUGCCCAUCGAGAGCGUAGACAAGUGCAAGGACAUGGCGCGCAUCCUCGUCCGCCGCGACGGCGAGACAGUCGCCGCUGGCAUCGUCGUCGAGACCCACCCUGCAGCGCCGGCCGGGGCCUAA